AUGUCAGAUGAUGAAGCUCAUGAACACACUCCUCUUCAAAACAAUCCUUUUCUUCCAUCACCCUUAGAGAACCCAAAUAAUCCUUUCUAUAUACACCACAGUGACAACUCCCACACUGUAGUCAUUUCUCCACCCCUUUCAGGUCCUAAUUACUUGUCAUGGAAGAGAUCAUUCACUCUUACAAUCUCAAUCAAAAAUAAACUUGAGUUUCUUGAUGGCAAAAUUCCAACUCCAGCACAUGAUGACCCUUUAUACAUCCCAUGGAUGCGCUGCAACAACAUCAUCCUAUCUUGGAUUCUCAACUCUAUCACCAAGGAAAUUGCCUCCAAUAUAUUCUAUAUAAGUUCAGCAAAAACUGUAUGGGAUAAACUCAACACUCGGUUUUCUCAACCUGAUUCAGUGAGAAUUUACCAACUCCAGCAACAACUAGGCACUCUUGUGCAAGGUACACAAUCUGUGAGUGAGUACUUCACUCAUCUCAAUGGUAUUUGGGAAGAGCUCAACAACUAUAGGCCACCACCAUGUUGUUUAUGUGGUCUCUGUACAUGUAAAGCUCUCACUGCAGUUGGUGAAACUCAGCAAGCUGACUAUGUCUUCAAGUUCCUCAUGGGUCUCAAUGAGUCCUAUGAAAGCAUUCGAGGACAAAUCAUUCUGAUGAGCCCCAUUCCCUCACUUGAUAAAACUUUCUCUCUAAUAUUGCAAGAGGAAAGACAAAGACAAGCUCGAAUCAUGCUGCUUCCCUCUGCUGAAUCCUCAGCCUUAGCAGUGUUUCAAAACACAUCUUUCAAGAAGAAAGACAAACCAGAUCUUACAUGCAGUCAUUGUGGGAAAUCUGGCCAUCUUCGAGACAAGUGUUAUAGGUUGAUUGGAUUUCCUCCCAACUUCAAAUUCACCAAACUCAAGCAGGGACAGUUUCACAACCACCCUCCUCACUCAGCCAACCAAGUGUUCUCCACAAACUAG